GCCGCCCUUGAUGUGGUUCGGGACCGGGCGGGGAGAAGAUGCCGCCGUCCAAGUCCCGCAAGAUCGCGAUUCUGGGCUACCGGAGCGUGGGAAAAUCUUCACUGACGAUUCAGUUUGUGGAAGGACAGUUUGUUGAUUCGUAUGAUCCAACCAUAGAGAACACUUUUACAAAACUGAUCACAGUAAAUGGCCAAGAAUAUCAUCUUCAGUUGGUGGAUACUGCUGGCCAAGAUGAAUACUCCAUAUUUCCUCAGACGUACUCCAUAGACAUCAAUGGCUACAUUCUUGUUUAUUCAGUCACGUCAAUAAAAAGUUUUGAAGUGAUAAAAGUUAUCCAUGGCAAGUUAUUGGAUAUGGUGGGAAAAGUCCAAAUACCCAUUAUGCUGGUUGGAAAUAAAAAAGACCUGCAUAUGGAACGGGUGAUCAGCUAUGAAGAAGGGAAAGCUUUAGCAGAAUCCUGGAAUGCAGCUUUCUUGGAAUCUUCUGCUAAAGAAAAUCAGACUGCCGUUGAUGUCUUUAAGAGGAUAAUUUUGGAGGCAGAAAAAAUCGAUGGGGCAGCUUCACAAGGGAAGUCUUCAUGCUCAGUAAUGUAAUUCCACUGCAAAACCUGAAAACACUGGGAAUACAUUCUACCUGAAGAAGCAAAACUGCCCAUUAUCUUCAAGGAUAAACUAUGCUUCUUUUUUUUUUUUUAUUUUUAUUUUUAUUUUUUCUUCUGUUAACCUGAAAGAUAAACAGUUGGUUUGGAGCCUUUCCCUUCAGAUUAUGUUAAACUCUGACUCCUGUGCAAAUGGCUUCACUUCCAUUUUCAAAUUUUAAGCAAUCAUAUUUUCAAUUUAUAUAUUGUAUUUCUUAAUAUUAUGACCAAGAAUUUUACUGGCAUUAAUUUUUCAGUGUAGUUUGUUGGUUAAAAUAAUCAUCAAAAUGAUGCAUAUUGUUACACUACUAUUAACUAGGCUUGGAUAUCAGUGUUUCUUUGUGUUAAAUGUAUACUUGUAAAUAAAAUAGCUGCAAACCUUAGAUGUUC